AUGAGUUAUUUUACAAUCUUCGUCUCGCAACCAUCACACGAUUCAUCAACCGCAUUUAAAGAACCACAAGAUCUCGCAGCAGCUUCUAAUCGUUGCAUCUCUACUCAUAAGUAUCGAACCGGAGCAAGCACAAACUGGAUUCUCGACAAUCAUCAGAUGAAGUUUGACUAUAAUCGAAAUUGCAACAAGUAUACUGACGGCCCUCUAAACGAAAAGCCAAUUAGCAACAGUAAGCUCGAUGACAAUGAAAGCGGCAAAACAAAUAAACAAAAAAGAUUGAUAAUAAAGCCAUAUGCUAACAAUAAACAUCAUCAAAAUACGUACGCUUCGGUAUUAAAAUUUCCGAAAAUGUUGUUUGUGCCGUCUGAAAAUGCAACUCGUUAUGGAAAAUUAUGGGAUAAUAAUAAGGGACGCACACCGCAUUCAAGAGUGCCCUGGAACAAUCAAGAAGAUCUGCGUCUACGAGAGUUAUAUGUUCGUCUGGGACCAAGAUGGUCAAAAAUUGCCGCUCAAUUAGGCACCGCUAGAUGUGGAAAGCAAUGUGAAGAGAGAUAUAACUACCAUCUAAGACCAAACAUUGUUAAGGAUCCAUUAAGCAAACUAGAGAAAAUAGCCAUUCCUAGACUGCAUCAAAUUUAUGGACCAGAAUGGGCACGCAUAGCCAAGCGGCUUCGAGGACGUACUGGUCUUGCGGUAAAGAACUUUUGGUACAACGAACUUAAGCGGAAAAAACGUUUAGCUGCUCACAUUCGAACUCAAAUGUCCGUGAAACGAUUUUCGAGCGGCUCAUUUGGAUCAAAAAUUGGUCUAGUAGGGGAAAUAGAGGGCGUGGACAAAGGUGACGAGGUUGCAGUUGAUGUAGAUGGCGAUGAUGACAAUGACGACGAGAAUGUCGAUGAUGGAGACGGAGACGUUGAUGGGCUAGAUGACGUAGACGACGUAGAUGAGUGA